AUGAAAGUUUUAACUACUAUUUCCUCCCUCGCUUUAUUAUCUUCUUCCGCAUUAGCUACUUUGCUGAACGUUAACUUAUUUGUUUCAUCUGAUGAUCAAACAAUUAAUGGUAGUGGUGUCUCUGCUCCUCAUGAAGGUGCUGGUAUUGGAUACCUUUUCGUUGGAAAUGAUGGUGGAUACUUUGCUACUGCUAAUACUGUUCCAUUUAUUUACGAUAGUGAUGAACAACAAUUAAAUUGGUGGUCAACUCCAACUAUUAAACAAGGAUUUUCAACUUUUACUAAUACUCAAAAUGGUAUUACUGUCGUUGAAUUAAUUGUUGGUGAUUAUAGUAGUGUUACCUUUGAAAAUGGAUUCUUAGCUUAUGAAGGUUCAACUUCAGGUUUCUAUGCUUUAGGUAAUAUUAGUGAUCCAUAUGAUUAUUCUAAUGUUGCUUUAGCUAUCGUCAGAGAUGUUAAUGCUUCACCAGAAGGUGGUAUUCCUAUUUCUCUUACUGCUGUAUUUGAAAGUGGAAGUGCUACUCAGCCUGCUCCAGUUGAAUCUACUAUUCUUACUACUGCUCCAACUUACACUAUUUUACCAUCUACAACUAUUACUCCAAGUACUACUAUAAGUAUCACUGUUGCCACUGAAACUUCAAGCACCUCUGCUUCAAGUACUUCUGCAACUGAAUCAUCUACUACUGUCGCCGUUGUUUCUUCAGAUGAUGCUGCUGGUUCUGUUGUUCCAGGAACCUUCUUAGGUGCUGCUGCUCUUGUUGCAGGAUUAUUAAUGUAA